UGCUCUCUGUCUCUGGUGUGCUUAUCCCCCCCUCAGCUUGCUGUUACUGUAUUACACAUUCAACAUCCGCAGACACCCCAUCUUACCACAUCACAGCAGCAGAUGGCGAUUACUCUUGGUUUGAUCCUCCAGCAGAAGCGGCAAAUCAGAGCACUCAUUUAUUUUCCUUUUCAUGCAUAUUUUUUAGUCGGUGACGUGUUUUGUUUGUUCUUUUUGGGUUUUUUUUAAAGAAAAUGUGGGAUGUAUAUUCAUUCACUGAGCGAGGCUUCCUCUAAAAGCUUGCGAUCUUACUAGCCACCAAGAAGGGAAUCCCGAAGCUUUUCCCUCGUCAUCAAAGCGAUUGUUUUUAUGCAAAAGGUAGUUCCUUUGUACAAGUUUCAGUCAUGGAGGGACUUGUCUAAAGGGGAUCCCACACAAUAAGUUUCCAUUGAAUUGCUAUUUUUUUUUUUGUCUUCCUGGAGAAUUUCACACCUUUGCCCUUCACGUCAUGGCCGAGAAUGUUGCUUCUGGGAUGGCAAAAAGCACAUCCCGGUCCACAACCUCCCUUCCACCUGAUCCCAUGGAAAUCAUCAGGACCAAGGCCUGCUCCCGGAGGGUCAGAAUCAACGUUGGAGGACUCAACCAUGAAGUCCUGUGGAGGACCUUGGACAGACUGCCUCGAACCAGAUUAGGAAAGCUGAGAGACUGCAACACCGACGAAUCCUUAAUGGAGACCUGCGAUGAUUACAACUUGGGUGAAAACGAGUAUUUCUUUGACCGGCACCCUGGGGCUUUUACAUCCAUUUUGAACUUUUACCGGACGGGGAAGUUACACAUGAUGGAGGAGAUGUGCGCCCUGUCUUUCGGGCAAGAACUUGAAUACUGGGGCAUUGAUGAGAUCUACCUGGAAUCGUGCUGUCAGGCCAGGUAUCACCAGAAGAAAGAGCAGAUGAAUGAAGAGCUGAAAAGGGAGGCAGACUCAAUGAGAGAGAGGGAAGGGGAUGAGUUUGAAAACGCCUGUUGUCCAGAUAAGACAAAGAAGCUAUGGGAUCUUCUGGAGAAGCCUGGCUCUUCAGUAGCUGCCAAGAUUUUGGCUAUAAUAUCCAUCCUGUUCAUCAUCCUGUCCACUAUUGCACUGUCCCUCAAUACGCUACCUGAACUUCAAGUAAUAGAUGAGUUUGGACAAUCCAAUGACAAUCCACAGCUAGCACACGUGGAAGCUGUAUGCAUUGCAUGGUUUACAAUGGAGUACCUCUUGCGUUUCAUGUCAUCGCCCAACAAGUGGAAGUUCUUUAAGGGACCCUUAAAUGUAAUUGACUUGUUGGCUAUUUUGCCCUAUUAUGUCACAAUUUUCCUGACUGAGUCUAACAAAAGCGUGCUUCAGUUCCAGAACGUCAGACGUGUUGUCCAGAUAUUUCGUAUCAUGAGGAUAUUGAGGAUUCUCAAACUAGCCAGGCACUCCACAGGACUCCAGUCUUUGGGAUUCACUCUCAGGCGGAGCUACAAUGAACUAGGCCUGUUGAUUUUGUUCUUGGCAAUGGGAAUAAUGAUAUUCUCAAGCUUGGUAUUCUUUGCUGAAAAGGAUGAGGAUGCUACCAAGUUUACCAGCAUACCUGCAUCAUUCUGGUGGGCUACCAUUACCAUGACAACUGUUGGCUAUGGCGAUAUUUAUCCCAAAACACUUCUAGGAAAAAUAGUUGGUGGACUGUGUUGCAUUGCAGGGGUUUUAGUGAUAGCCCUUCCUAUACCAAUCAUUGUGAACAACUUCUCAGAGUUCUACAAAGAACAGAAGAGACAAGAAAAGGCAGUCAAGAGGAGAGAAGCCCUUGAAAGGGCAAAGAGGAAUGGAAGUAUAGUCUCCAUGAAUCUGAAAGAUGCUUUUGCUCGUAGCAUGGAACUGAUGGACAUUGUGGUGGAAAAAAAUGGAGACAAUAAAAAAUCUCAAGACAACCACCUCUCACCAAGCAGAUGUAAUUUGAGAAAGCGCACAUUGUCUGAGACCAGCUCCAACAAGUCCUUUGAAACAAAGUACCACGAGGUUGUUCAGCUUGGAUCACAAGAACGCAUGAACAACCCUAAAGCCAGCCCACAACAUCUGAACGUACAGAAACUGGAGGAAAUGUACAACCAAAUGACUAAAACACAGUCAAAUCCUAACCUGAAUGUCCCUUGCAUUGAUCAGCCUAAUAAGCCAGCAGUAAAAAAAGAGGAAAUUGAAAUGAAGGAGGUCCCAAGCCAGAAUGAUCCAUUAUUAAUGGAACACAGAGCCGUGGCAAUGACUGAUAUGAGGAGCAUAUCAAGCAUUGACAGCUUUGCUAGCUGUGCCACUGAUUUAACUGAAACUGAAAGGUCUCCUCUUCCUCCAGAUACAACCGGUUUGUUACAGAUGAGGUUCCCUGGCAUCUCCACUCCCCUGGAAGGGAUUCAACAUGUUGGCGUGAAAGAGACUCAUGGUAUUAACGUGAAGGAUGGCAUUUAUGAAUUUGCUACGACAAAUACUGUGCCGUACAAUCAAAGCGGCAAUACACUUUCACCAGGGCAAGGUUGCAGUGACUUUGACAGUAUUGCAGACACAAUCAGAAGCUCUUUGAAAAGCAUUAGCCCAAUAAAAAACAGAGGUCUCAAAGUGAAUUUUAUUGAAAAGCCAGGUAGCACUCCACAGACACCACCGAGCACUGCCAGACCAUUGCCAGUCACAAUGACAUAUCUAGCAACAUCUUCUCAACAUAUCAGCACCAUUCUUCAGAAAGACAAUUCAUCUCAGGGAGACAAACCUUCACUUACCUCUGCUUUAUCAGCACUCCAGCAAGUUGCUUACAAGGAGUCUCCCCAAUUUGCAAAGCAAGGUCGCUUUUCUUUCAACUCCAAAGGGAGGAAGAGCUGCAUCAAUGCAAGCAGCGAGGAAGAGGAUGAAGACAAGGAGGUCAACUGGCGCGACAACAGUGAGCAGGAAGUGGGACAGAAUUGUUCCAAAAAAAACCACAAGGAAGGUAAUCAUGUUGAAGACAUGACCAUUGUAGGGCCUUCUUCUUCUAAAACUACUGGGCAUAAUUGCUGUCCUGGCAGUCUUCAUGCUGUAGGUGAAGGAAAAAAUGACAAUAACCAAAGUGGACUCAAAGUGGAAAACCACAUGUUUACACCAGAAAUUCAUAUAAGACCCGGGGAUGGAGGUUUCUCACCCACAUGUGAAACCAGCAUGUGACUAUGGACAAGAACGAUAUGAACAGCUGGGCCGUAGAAACGGUCAAGCCAGUUAAAAAAUAACAAACAGCACAAUAAUGUGCUGAAAGAAAGAUAUUUUUGCAUGGCAUGGUGAAUCAUUUUAGUUAAGUCACUGUAUAUCUCAAGAUAUAAGAGACUGCUGUGUUUUUGCAGACAACUGGCUUGAGAAAAGAGGGUAUAAAUAAAAGGCUCGAUUUAGCGCACAUGUACUGCAGUUUGGAGAAAUUCUUAAUCCUGGUGUAAAUGUUAUCCUCGUAUUCUUAUUAGAAAAUUGAAGGAAAUGCAAAGAGAAUGACAAUUCUAAAAAUGCAUGCAUUUAAAAAUAUAAUUCAAAGGUGCUUAGAGGUGGCAAAAUGCAGUUCUUUGUAAAUGGUGGAGGAUUGCAAUGGCAAUGCAAAAUGAGGUCAUGGAACAGCAUUUUUUGGUGCAGGUAUUUCUUUCAUAUAGCACAUGGCAUGGAGGAGUUGUACAGAAUUCACUUUUCAUUACUUUCUUUUGAAAAGCUUAUGCGUUCCAUAAAGAAAUUAUCAUUUGAGGUAAAUGUUUUAAUUUAAGAUAUACUUAUGUAUUAUAAGAAAUUGGGCCAGAUCCACUAAUUAUUUACUCAAGUGCAAAGUUUUCCCUCAAGAAAGGAAGAAACAACUUUGGUUUGUGUAGGAUCAAAGUCUUAAAUUAAAAUGUUUUUCUUUUUUAGAGAAACAAGUGAACUAUGCACAGGAAAAACUAAGCGAAUGUAACUCAUUAUGUUUGGUUUGCAUUGUUUGGUCUACAUAGAUGUUUAAACAUAACUAGAUUUAAUGACCAGGAAUAGAUAAUAUGACCAGAUAUUAUGUGUUACGUUUCUGUAUAUAAUAUUCUGCACUAAUAGUUGCCAAAUACUAAUCUGAUAGGGAAAUUGAAGAUAUCACCAGUCACUAUUCACUAACAUUUGACCAAUAUACAGAAAGGACUGGGCUGGUAAGGGAAAAAAAAAAACAACCUAAUGUAAACUCUAACCAGUACUAUAACUAAUUCAAUGGACAUGCUUAACAAUUUAACAUUUGGGAGCACAAUGCACAUUCCAUUUUCUGUUGUUCUGUACAUUAUAUGAAAAUCUCAUUGUUAGUAUAGUAUAUGUAAAUCUCAAAACAAUGUAUAGAAAAUUAAUUUACACACAAUUACAUGAAUAUUGGUAGCAAGUUCAACACACAGGCUUGUAGUGGAGAAAUAAAUUAUAAUUGUGGCAACAUUUCUUGAUCUUUGUCUGGUCAUUAACUCUUUCCAGGUUUACUUGUUUUCCAUAAGGUCUGGGAAAGUAGAUUAUAGCAUCACAAGUCAAACUUUGUAUUUACAAAGUGUCAGUCUGUUUAAUUUUCUGAAUGAUAUCAGCUUUUGCCUUUAGUUUAGAAUUUGCUGGAAAUAAAAUAUAUACAUAUGUACAGAUAUUUGCAUUGGCAGGCUAUUGAUACAAAUGUGUAAUACAAUUUGUAAGAGCCAUGUUAAUCUAAAUAUUAAUUUAUAUUAAGUUGAUAUUCAGAACCCUAAAUCAUAUGUUAUAUUUCCUCCCAUUCGUUCUAAAAUUAGGAGUGCAUUGAAAUCUAUGCAGGAAAAAAAAUGGAUGCGUUUGUAUUAUGGAAAACUGCACUAGCAGUUUUGAUUUCAAUUUUCAAAAGGUUUAAAUCAUAAAUAAAUAUACUGGAAAAAAAAUUAAAAAAUCAGUGUUUCAGAGAAGUUGAAACAAUGUUUAUUCAAUAUCAAAGUGACCUAGUUGCAAAUACUCACAAAGUAUAGGCAUACAAGUAUUCUAACAACAACCUGUUCUAGCCACAUCGGACUACUUCACUAUUCAUCAUGUACAAUGGCCACACGUAAACUUAGGAAUAUGUGAUACAAAUACUAUUAUUUUGGGUAAAAAAUAUAUAUAAUUUUCUAAAAAAUAAACAAAGAUAUAAACAUGGCCACAAUUUCCUGUCAAAUGGUGGUUGAAAUUAUGUGUGCCUUUUCAUAAAUAGUUAUUUAUGAGAAGACUAAAAGCCUUUUUGGCUUUGUUCAUAUAGCGUUGUACAGAAAAUUCUACUUUUUUAUAGGUUGACAUCAUGUCUUUAAGAAAUAGAUACCAAAUAUGAAUGAGUUCUUGGGUUUUGAAUACAUCACAGAAGUUUAAAUGCACAUUUUGAAUAGCAUGAUUUGGUUUUGUUUUUAAUUUUACAGCAAAUUUGCGACUAGUGUUCUUUUUUUUGUUGUUAAAAUAACUACUUAUUGUAUAAUAUAAAGACAAUCAAGGAUCAAAUAAUAAAGUGCUGUAUAUAACCCACAAAAAGGGAAUUCAGUUUACCUUGAUCCUUUUCAGACUGUUUGGGGACAGUUUGCUGUUUUAGAAAAGCAGCCAUUUUUGUUCCAGUUUGUUGUUUUACAGUAUUUGGCUCGAAUGAGCCUAGUAAAAGUAUAGUCAGUGAGAACAGUAUUCUGAUUGCCAGACUGAAUGGGGAUGUCUUUUCUAAAUUAAAAAAAGGCUUUUCUUUUUGCAGGCCAGCUGCUAUGUCUAGAAAAAAAGCAGUGUAUUUAAGUACAUCUGUUUUUUUUCCCCCAACCUCUUGAAAUACUCUUUUUCUUGUUGUAAAAUGUUUGCCCUUAUCUCACUUGUCAAAGCUGCUAUGCUAUCAUCCCUUGGUGUUUGUUACUAGUGGAUUUAACAGCGACUAAGACCUGACAAUGCUAGUGAUUGUUUUGAAUUUAGGUAGAAAACUGAAGCAUUGUAUAGAUAUUUGUCUGGCCUGUUAUUUCCAGUUCCACUUUCUAUGGGAAUGUUGGGAUUACAAUCUAAUAGCAGAGAAACUGUCUAAAAGGAUAGUCCCUAAGAGAUCAUGAGAAAUCUCGUAGGUAAAGUUAAAAUAUUUUGAAGUAAGAAAUACUUUUGUCCAUUUAGCAUUGAAAGGUUUUUUUCACCAUGUCAUUCAUCCAUUAGGAUAUAUUCUCAAAUGUGUAACUGCUGUUUGUUCUCAUGUCUCCAUAUCUUUUGCAUAUUUUUUGUUAAUAAGAAUUCUAUCAUGUAAUUUGGUAUUAGUAGAUGAUGCUGAAUUGUAGACUGUUUCUGUACUAUUCAGCAUAUUUGUAUGCAUGUAGUAGUCUGUAAAAUUAUGAGAAUACUUGUUUAUUUUAGGUCAAAAUGUCUGUAAAGAUUAACAGCAUUGUUUCCCACUAAGUCUAUUAGCACACACAGGACAACAAAUAAAUGUGUAUAUAAAUCA